AUGCUUCUAACUCAGCCUCGUGAGGUGACGCUUCUUCUCCGUGGGCAGCAAACCGAGCUCCCUGCUUUUGCUACCCCACAGCUGAGGACUUGGGGAGAAAAUAAGGAGCCUAUUAAGCCUGGAACAGAAGUAAAAAGAAGACAGCUAGCAGAAGCAGCUGAAAAGAGACAAAUGGAGGCUUCCUCUCGAGGCAUUAAGAACGUUCAGUCUGUAGAGCAAAAGAGAAAGAAACAAGAAGAAAUAGAAAAAAGAAUUGCAGCUUCAGGUUCUGGAGGAGGAGGAGGAGGACUG